AUGGCCUGUGAGACUACGCUGAGUGUGUACGCCUACGGUUCCAAGUGACCGCAUGUAAAUCUUCAAUAUUUGCAUGCUUCACCAACUCCCCUCAGACAAUACCCAUUACCCAAAUAAUAUGAUUUUCUCAAAAUGCAAAUGCAAAUGCAAUCCCAAUUCUCUUCUUAAUAACAAAGAACCUAACUUUUUCAGUUUUUACAACCACUGAGCGCAACCCAGAUGACCCCAGGCUUCUAAUUUCUGAUGGGAUUGUGUUAUUUACUCUCUUUUAAUCGAUGUCUGAAAUGGGUUUUCUGAUUCAUGGAGUCUUUUGAUUGUUGUGUGUGAGUUUGGUUUGUUGUUGUUUUUUUCUUUUGUUUUUUUGGUUGUGUUCUGUCACUGGUUGUUGGUGUGUGAAAGCAUUGAGAUGGGGAAAGAGAUGUUGGAGAAUGUGAAGGACGAUGGGGGCCUUGAAGAGCUUGAGAUGUUGCUGAAUGAGAUCCCUCAGGCAACAUCAAACAAUCUUUACCAGGGGAAAUCAUAUGAUGUUAAUGAUGGUGAUGAUCAUCAUAAUCAUGGUUUUUUUGUGUCUAAUGGAAUGUGUGGUGUGUGUGAUGAUGACCCAUUUAGUCAGAUUCAGUAUCCAUGUGUCUCGUCUCCUGCGAGUGGUUUUUCUCUGCAAUCUGAUGGUUCUUCCUCAAGCUUGUUCUCUUCUGGACAUGCUUUGUCUGACACUGGAUCACCAACCCCUCCUCCAUUGGAGGAUCUUAAAUCCACCAUGCCUUCUGGAGGUUCUUCUUCUUACCCUAAUAACCGUUUCAUCACACCUGAUUCAACUGUUUUUAAUAAUGCCAAUGGAGGUUUGCUUGAUGAAUUUGGCCUGUGUGCCAAUUUGAGUCGAAUGCAUAUCAGCAAUCAACAAGAGAGGCCUUGUGAUUUCAAGGAACAUUCGAUGGGCAUGAAUAGGCCACUGUUUCCAGAAUGUUCGUUCACUGGAAAUGGUCCCAGCAAUGUUCACACAAACGGGGCACAUUGCAGUUUCAGGAGAGGUUCUUUGGAUUGUGUUGGGGUUCAAGCCCCUGUGCCCUUGAGCCCUGUAAAUCAUGAUGGUGAAAUGAAUAUGGCCUUGUCGGGGUUGACCCGGGACUAUAGAAUGGCUAAUUUAUUUGGAUCAAGACAGUGUGCUGAAAGGACUGAGACAAUGCUUUCUCAAUUAAAUGACUUUAGUGGUUCAUUGAAGUCUCCAUGCCAUCAGACAAGGCAGCUGAUGAAUAACUACUAUAGUGGAGGAAGUCGAAGCCAGCCACCGGAGUACACUCCUUUGAGUAUAAAUCCAGUGGUUGAUGCGUUACUUUAUGCUCAGAAUAAUGGAAUGCAUCUAACUGAAGAAACAGCCAUGCAAAGAUGGCCUACCUCUCCCCAGUUUGUUAAUUUAAGACCUUAUUUGGGUGUUCAAGAUUUACUGCAGUAUAGCCGUUCUGUGCCUAAUAAUGCAAGAGCUGUCCCUCUAUCAAAUGCUAGAAUCCCACAAGGAAAUAUUGAUGCAAUUGCUAGUGAGGGAAGCUUCAUCAUACAAGGUGAAGGUGUAAAUUAUGUUGCUGGCAGAGGUUCGGAUUCUUCCAUGUAUCACAGUAAGUCUGCACUACGGGGCACUAGCUUUGAUAAGCAUUGCAAGAGAUCAGAGCUAGGCAUGCCUUACCAGGUUGUAGGAAAUUUUGACAAUCCUAGGAGUGCCAGGAUAGGUUGCUCCUUACCUUUGGUGCCCAAAUACAAUUCUCUAGCUGAAGCUCAAGGUUAUAUAUAUUUAAUGGCUAAAGAUCAGCAUGGCUGUAGGUUCUUGCAAAAAAUGUUUGAUGAGGGUACACCGGAUGAUGUUCAAGUGAUAUUUAACGAGAUCAUUGAUCAUGUAGUGGAACUUAUGGUGAAUCCUUUUGGAAAUUACCUUAUGCAGAAGUUAUUAGAUGUAUGCAAUGAAGAACAGAGGAUGCAAAUCCUUCUAAUCCUUACUGAAGAACCGGGUCAGCUUGUCAGAAUCUCUUUAAACACUCAUGGCACUCGUGUGGUACAGAAGCUUAUUGAGUCUCUCAAAACUAGGCAGCAAAUUUCAUUAGCUGUUUCAGCUCUUGAACCAGGAUUUUUGGCUCUCAUUAAAGACCUAAAUGGAAACCAUGUGGUUCAGCGCUGUUUGCUGUGUUUGAGCAAUGAAGAUAACAAGUUUAUAUUUGUUGCUGCUGCAAAGUAUUGUGUUGACAUUGCAACUCACCAACAUGGAUGUUGUGUUCUGCAAAGAUGCAUUGGCCAUUCCAGCGGGGAGUACCGAGAAAAACUGAUUGAAGAAAUAUGCGCUAAUGCACUUCUGCUAGCUCAAGAUCAAUACGGAAAUUAUGUUGUUCAGUUUAUCUUGGACUUAAAGAUUCCAUCUGCCACCGCAUAUAUAAGGUCGCAAUUUGAAGGUAACUACGUGCACCUGUCAAGGCAGAAGUUUGGUAGUCACGUGGUUGAAAAAUGUCUGGCUGUAUUCAAUGAUGAAAAUCGAUCAAGAGUCAUUCUGGAGCUGCUGUCCACUCCUCACUUCGAACACUUGCUUCAAGAUCCACAUGCAAACUAUGUUGUUCAAUCAGCUCUUCGAAAUUCUGAGGGCCGUCUGCACAAUGUACUAGUUGAAGCAAUUGAGUCCCACAAAGCCAUUUCUCGAAACAGCCCAUAUUCCAAGAAGAUUUUCUCGCAGAAGUUUCUGAAGAAAUGAUGUACAUUCUCCCCUUGUGCAAGAAGGGUUCUUGUUGUUUAGGUCUGCCACAAAAGUUUAUGUAUGUUUUGGAUGGUUAUUUAACUGUAAGUUGAAAUGCUGAUAACCAUACAAAGGAGUUAAGGUCUGUUUAUAAGUGCUUGUCCAUCUGCUCAGCUAAUUAUGGAAAAAAGGGGAAGAGCAGAAAUUUUGCUCACGUUUUAGAUCUUUUGCAUGUACUAUUUUCUUGUAUUUCAACUUAUUGGGUAAUAUUAUCAUGUUAAUUAUGCUACUCUCACUCUGUGGGAAUGAUGGUGUGU